UUGCGAGUUUUUAUCGCUUUGCACGCGCGUGUAUGUGAAGUGUGCUGUAUUGCCUUUUGUAAACCGGUGGUCCAGUUUGUCCCGGGCUCCUGAUAAUCUGUGAGACCUGCACGCUUCGUCGUGCUCGCAAAUUCGGCGCAGAAUCACCCUGCGACUCGCCCAAGAUGGUUGUGAAGAGACCCGGCGUCGGCGAGGCGCCGCAACCGAGACAACGUCGGCACCACUUCCUCGAAAACGUGCAAACCAAGACGUUCACGCCCUUGGAAUACCAGGUGGAACUACUGGACACCGCAAAGCAGCAGAAUUCCAUCGUGUUCCUGUCAUCGGGGAAGACCUUCAUGGUGGUGAUGCUGGUCAAGGAGCUAGCCUACCAGGUCCGGCAAAGCUUUGCUGCUGGUGGCAAGCGAGUGCUAAUUCUGGUUCCAUCAGCCGAGUCUGGCGUGCGGCACCAGAAGAUGAUGGAGGACUACACCGAUCUCAAAUCCGUCUUUGUUGGCAAUCCUACCGGCAAGACCGAGGAGCGCAUCGACUUCCCGAAACUGUUCCGCGACCACCACGUCCUCGUAAUGACGGCCGGCGCCUUCACCUGCCACUUGGUCAAUGCAGAUGCAGACAUCGCUGAAGAGCUCGUCGACCACUUGAACCUUGUCGUCUUCGACGAGUGCAACCAGGCGCUGCGCCAUAUUGAGUUUGAGCCUGUGCUGAACUUUGUCAUGGACUACGUCAUCGAGGGCCGGCUGAGUGUGCUGGGGCUUGCGGCACCACUCGCGACAAAGAAGAGACAACGACCCUCUUUGCUUGAGGCCGAGAUCCUCGAACUCGAGGACGGCUUCCAGAGCGUCGCGUGCACUUCUAGCGAGCUGACGGUCGUCGGCAAGUACGGCAGCCGGCCCAGGGAAGUGGUCGUCGAGUACGCUGUGUAUGGCGGCAGCAGCGGUGAUGGGGAGUCCGCGAAAAACCUGGAGACUGCGCUAAGGCUGCUGGACGAGGCGAUGGAGUUCCUGGGGGGCACGGAGGGUCAGCUGGAUGAGCGGAACAAGGCUUCGCUGCGGCAGUCGCAGCGCUACCUCGUCGAGCUGUGCUACAUGCUCGUCACCCUGGGCCCGUGGUGUGCCCGAGAGGUGGCCGACCUGUUUCUCAAGGAGGUGUCCCAAGCGGUGGACAGCCUGGGUCCCGCCGUGAACUGGUCACGCAUGGCGCUCCUGGUGGUCCACACAGUGAUCCAGCAAGUCGCAAGACUCACCGAGGAUUUGGCUAGGGAUCUCGAGCCGAGUGAUGCUGUCCACCAGCCAGCCAAGUUCAGGCACCUGCUGCGGAUACUGCGAGAGUACAGGCCGCAGCAGCAGCCACAGCAGCAGCAAGGUACCACUGUCAACUCGCAUGUUGGACAGGACAACUGUGCAGCGUUGCAAAAUUCCGUCAAGGAAUGUGAAUCAUUGACGGAGGAAACAAGCAAGCCGGCCGUGGUGGAUUCUUCUGCCCAGCCCGCGACAGCUCCAACUUUGGCCAGUGAUGGGGAAAGUGUUGUGCAAAAUAGUGUUGUGCAAAAUGUGGAAGACUUCGUCACUGCAUUGUCCAACAACAUCAACAGACUGUCCAUUUUAUCGCCAGACAAGAAAGUUCCCGUAACUAGUGACACCACGUCAUCCACUGCAACAGGCGUGGAAGUCACUGCAUUGUCGUCUGCUUCAAAAGUUGACGCGUCUGGUAGUGCGUCAGCAACAGGUGUGUUGAUACCCUCAGUGUCGACCAGCGUAGGUGUGCCAAUGCGAACCACGGGCCACCGGGCCGACCAAGUCGACGACCCGAACGCGCUGUGUGGCAUUGUGUUUGUGCGGCAGAGGAUCACGGCCUACAUCCUGAGCAUGUGGCUCUCGAAGCUGGCGACGCGGUGCCCGAACGAAUACGGUUUCAUCACCCCCAACUUUCUGGUGGGAAGGACUGCUCCGUCGGCGAUCGGAGAGGCAAGCUCAAAUCGUAGCAGUGGUAGUCUGCGGAGUUUGCCAAACACCCUGACCCCCCUGGGCCUUCAACGACAAGAGGAAGUGCUUCAGAAGUUCCGGUCGAGAGAGUGCAAUUUGUUGGUGGCUACAAGUGUUGUGGAAGAAGGGAUAGAGGUCCCCCGCUGCAACCUGGUGGUGCGCUUUGAUCCGCCCGAGAACUUCCGAGCCUACGUGCAGUCCAAGGGCAAGGCCAAGGCUGCCGGGUCGCGCUACUUCGUCCUGGUGCCCCAUGACGAGAGCGGCCGCUUUCUGGGCGACCUGCACGACUACCGGACCACCGAGCAGAUUCUUUUGGAACGCAGCCACGUGGAGGACACCACAAUAGAUGAAGAAGUCGACGCAGCCUAUGCAGACAGCUUGAAACCAGCAUACAAGCCGUUGGAGGCUGAAGAUGCCCCCAGGGUCACCAUGUCCACUGCCAUUGCCUUGGUCAACAGAUACUGCGCCAAGCUGCCUAGCGACACGUUCACGAGGUUAACGCCUAUCAGCAGCAUGGCGGAGGUCGAGACGGAAGGCGCCGAGGAGACCCUUUACAGCUGUUCGCUGCGGCUGCCCAUCAAUUCCCCCCUCAGGCGGUGCAUCGUGGGGGACCCAAUGCCAAGCAAGCUUCUGGCAAAGCAGGCGGCAGCACUGAAGACAUGUGAAGAGCUGCACAGAAUGGGCGAACUUGACGACAACCUGGUUCCACAGGGGAAGGAGGCCAUGCGGAUGGCACUUGACCAAGGGUCGGCUGGCCGCUUUCCCGAGGAGGACAUCCAGCCUGGUGGACCACGGCCCGGUACCACGAAACGGCGACAGUACUACGACAAGAAGGUGUCCGAGGUGCUCAAGGGCAAGCGGGUGGACGAAAACGAUGAGUUCCACCUGUACGCUUUUGGCAUGAAGCUCACCUGCCCCAUUCCGGAGGAACAGAACACGCGCGGCCGCAAAAUCCAUGACCCGGCCGACACCACACGAGGCUUUGGGCUGGUCACCUCCAGACGGAUCCCACUGAUCUGCAGCUUCCCGGUGUUCACGCGGUCGGGCGAGGUGACGGUGGAGCUGGAACACGUGAGCUCAGACAUUGGCCCGCUGUCUCCAAAGCAGGUCCGUGACCUCACGACCUUCCACCGAUACACGUUUACCAACGUGCUGCGGCUCGAGAAGUAUCCGAUGACCUUCAACCCCGAGGGCGACGCAUGCUCCUUCCUGGUGGUGCCCAUCAAUGCCGCGCAAACAGCAGACAACCAGCCAGGCUCAUCAACCAUCGACUGGCAGUUCGUCGAGCGCAUUUGCGAGGAAGAGAAGUUCAUGCCGCGCCGAGUGCCCGAGGAAGAACGCGAGCUUUUUGUGUUCAAGGAGGAAGACUACCUCGACACUGUGGUGACACCUUGGUACCGCAACCUGGACAAGCCCCAGUUCUUCUAUGUGGCCGAGAUCUGCCACGACCUGAACCCACUCAGCGAUUUUCCAGACGCAGGCUUCGAUACGUUCGACGCAUACUACAGGGAGAAGUACCAGAUCCGGGUGGUGGACGGUCGGCAGCCGCUGCUGGACGUGGACCACACGUCGGCCCGGCUCAACCUGCUGACGCCUCGCUACGUGAACCGCAAGGGUGUGACGCUGCCCACUUCGUCGGAGCAGACGAAGCGGGCCAAGCGCGAGAGCCUGCAGCAAAAGCAGAUCCUGGUGCCCGAACUGUGUGCCAUCCACCCGUUCCCGGCGUCGCUAUGGCGCAAGGCUGUCUGCCUGCCCUGCAUCCUCUACAGGAUGAACUCGCUGCUGCUGGCCGAGCAGCUGCGGCUGACGGUGGCUCGCGAGGUGCAAGUGGGCCGGCUGGAGCUCCCCAAGGGCUUCAAGUGGCCCACGCUGGACUUUGGCUGGACCCUGGCCGACGUGCUACAAAAGGCCCAGGAGGCUGCCAAGGCCGAAGAAGAGCGGGCUGCCGAACUGAUGGAACGCACGGGCAUCCAGCCGGUCUGCAUCUCGCCGCCGCCGGCGAUGAACACGUGGCGUGCGCCCCAGCCCUACCAGCCGCCUAUGUUCCAGCAGGACCAGGAGCUCGUCAUCGACACGUUCGAUCCAAGCAAAGUUCACAUUCCGGAUGAUGACCAACUCGACCAGCUAGCUGACGCUGAGGUCAGCGCGCUGAACCUCGGCGGACCCAAAGGCCCCAACUUCGACUGGAAACCGCUUCCCAAACUACCAGGGGAGCCCACACCAGUUCCUCGAAUCCGCUACGGAUCUCCGAGUAACUUCGAAGCCGAGGGCUGGGACUCUGAGUGGGACACGGACAUGGAGGACAGCUCGUUCGUCACCUUGGACAUGCCAGGACUGGGCUACAUCUCAGCACCCGGAGUGUUCAACAUGCAGGGCUUGUCACUAGACCUGGCCUCCUGCCGUGACGACGACAUCUGGGACAGCUUUGACGAGGACGAGGAAGAUCCUGAGCUCGACUUCUCGCGAUCCGAGUGGAACCAGUCUCCGUCUGAGGCCGGCGGCAACGAAGAUGAAGGUCACUUGCUCAAAAUCAGUGACAAGUCGGAGAACAAGGACGACGAGAAGAGGCCCGAGGAACAGUUGGACUGGUUAUCACACUGCAGCAAGGACCAGCGGAGCAAGUCCGUGAAUGCUUUCGUGGACGAGCCAGAGGAAGAACAACGAGAGGUCGAUCCAUUCGUCGAAGAGAAGGUCGCAGCACUCAGGGAGGAGUGCGUCAAGAAACUGGAAGUUUGGAGAUGCAACGAAGACGAAGCGAAACUUGAGGCUCAGAAAACAAUCUACAAGUCCUUUCGCAAAGUCUCUGAGGCACUAAAGCUUAUUGCGGAGUACGAAGACGACCGGCCCCUGAAGAAAGAUGAGCCUCUGGCACCAGCAGUCCGUGACAGUGGAGCUGCCACCAUUGGAGGGGAGGCCCCAAAGGCACCUGAAGGGAGCGUGCUACCAUUUGGCGAGCUCUUGCCGGACAGGGACUCCGUCAAGCUCGGAGGCGGAGACGCGUCACAGGCUCGCUUCGACGAGCGGCCCGAUCUCGACAGUCACUGUGGCCCGAGCCCCAGCAUUCUGCUCCAGGCACUGACGAUGUCCAAUGCCAACGAUGGCAUAAAUUUGGAACGUCUCGAAACGGUGGGCGACUCUUUUCUCAAGUACGCCGUGACAGCCCACCUCUACUGCACGUAUCCUAGCGUGCACGAGGGCAAGCUGUCCCACCUACGGAGCCGCCAGAUCAGCAAUCUCAACCUCUACCGACUCGGCCGGGCUCGCAGUCUUGGCGGUCUGAUGGUGGCCACCAAGUUUGAGCCCAGCGACAACUGGCUUCCUCCAGGCUACAUCGUGCCUCCUGGACUUGAGAGGGCUCUCAUCGAAUCGGGCCUUCCGGCAGGCCACUGGAACAUUGCAGCCCUCACCGGACUCACCCAGAUGGAUGAGGCACAGAUCCGGCAGACCCUCGCCGAGCGAUCCAACAAGGUCCGAAACCUCGACGAGGUCCUAGCCGACGAGCAGACCCUCGACACCGCGCCCUAUGUGCCGUACAACCUCCUGACGCAGCACAGCAUUCCUGACAAGAGCAUUGCAGACUGCGUCGAAGCGCUAAUUGGUGCCUACCUCGUGUCAUGCGGCCCUCACGCGACCCUCCUCUUCAUGUCUUGGUUGGGACUCGAUGUGCUACCCAAAAACUGCACCGCAGAGACGCUUCCGAACUUUGGUGUCAUGCUCUACGGUACGCUAGAGCCGCCGCUUGUUGUGCCCGACGCGGGACCGCAGCUGGAUGAGCUUCUCUCUGGCUACGAUGCAUUCGAGGCACGGAUCGGUUAUCGGUUUCGGGACCGUGCCUAUCUCCUCCAGGCCUUCACUCACGCGUCAUAUCACUACAACCGACUCACGGACUGUUAUCAGCGGCUUGAGUUCUUGGGUGAUGCAGUGUUGGACUACUUAAUAACCCGGCACCUCUAUGAUGACCCCCAGCGCCACUCGCCAGGCACAUUGACUGACCUGCGGUCAGCGCUUGUGAACAACACUUUCUUUGCCUCGCUGGCAGUGAAGUAUGACUUCCAUCGCUACUUCAAGAAUGUGUCACCGGGUCUGUUUGCAGUCAUCCAGAGGUUUGUUGAGAUGAAGAGACUGAACAAUGGGCUUGGAUACCAUGAGGAGUACUACUUGGAGGAAGAAGAGUGCGAGGAGGCAGAGGAGGUGGAAGUGCCCAAGGCCCUGGGUGACAUCUUUGAAUCGGUGGCCGGCGCCAUCUUCCUCGACUCUAACAUGUCCCUGGACACCGUCUGGCAGGUGUACUACGCCAUGAUGAAGCCCGAAAUCGAGUAUUUCAGCACUCAUGUGCCCAAGUCCCCAAUCAGGGAACUUUUGGAGCUGGAACCUCAGACUGCUAAGUUCGAGCGUGCUGAGAUGACCCUCAAUGGCAAGGUGCGGAUCCGAGUGGAGGUCUUCGGCAAGGGCCGCUUCGUCGGCGUCGGCCGCAACAAGCGCAUCGCCAAGUGCACAGCUGCCAAGAGGGCGCUGCGGGCACUCAAGCGCAUGCGGCAAGAAGGCGGCAGCACCAACAUGCACGGCACCUUCUAGGUGCCGUGCAUGUGCCGUCUGCUGGCGUCUGCUGGCGUCUGCUGGCGUCUGCUGGUGCCGUCUGCUGGUGCCGUCUGCUGGUGCACUCUCAAUCCGACUCCUGCCUGCACCUUGCUUUGCCUCAUUUUCAUCCCCGUGUGCCAUCUAAUUCUGGUGCAAGUGUUGCUUUUUAUUAUUAUUAUUAUUUUAUUUUAUUUUUCUUCUUUUUGUCGUGGAUCAGAGCUUGGAUCGUCGCCUUCCACCGCCAUUGUUUGCAAAUGCUCUGCCCUCCAUCUAGCCAAACUUUGGUGCCGAGAAAACCAGACGGCAUUCGUCUGCUUGUGUUUCGCAGGGAGUUCAGGAGUAUGCGGCGGCCGUUAAUUCUCCAGCACGGCUAGUCGUUCGUACAGCAAGAGGUAGUGUGGACGUGGGACACUGGACGUUGCUCGUAGGAAAGGUUUUGUGACUUGGAAGUGUUGGAACUCUCCAUACGGUAUUUAUGAGUGCAUUGUUUACUCCCCGUCAAGGUAACUGUCGGGGGAGCCGGUGGGAACUGUUCUUUCUACCGGGUCAUGCAGAUGCAUUUUUGUAAAUCGCCUGCCAAAAGCGAGGGACCCCCGAACCUGAAUAUGCCUUGCCGGAGGUUGCUAACGUGAUCGAACUGAAGCUACGCUUUUCUCUGUGAUUCUCUAGAAUGAAGACUCUUGCAUGUGAAGGCAAACCCGCGAUGUUUUUAGCUUGCUAGAACUUUGUGUCCCCUGUGAGUUCUGCCAUGCUUUUGAGACAUUUCACUUUUUAAUCUUUCUUAGCGUGUAUUACCAUUGCCAAGUGUACACUUACUACAAAAGCACACUAAUGCAGCAAGAAAUAUGCGCGGCAAUAAAUGUGUUUGUUGUAUUUUGCGACGUGACCGCGUCACGGCCUGUUUUGGUAAGCGUUGUGAUGUGUGGCGUGCCGUUCUGUGUACAUGCUGGAGCAAUGUUGCUCCUUUCGCGAAGUGUUGCAGCCACUAGAAGUAAAGGGCAUGAAUUUUCUAUUGCACCCUGUAAAUCAACCUAGCACGCUUUAAAGCUUUCUCUUGGCUGUUUGCACGGUGCAGGUUGACAGUUGCGCAGUCAGUUCGCUCGUAACGAAUUCCAUUGGUCGAUUCUCGGGCACUACCAAAAUCCUCAAACGAACGCCUAGACAGCACUAUAACUUCGCAGAUCCAGAGAUCUCAGGUGGGAACUGCAUACUGCUUUAUGCUGGACCAAUGAGGAAGCACUACCAUGUGCUCCAGUUGCAGCCGCACCCUAAUGGAGAGCAGGAGAGAGAUCCACCACGAAGCGCUUCGUUUGCACCCACACCUCAACAGUGAAGCAGGAGAUGCAUCUGCUGGGCAGUACUCCUGUUGCAUCGAUAGCUCACCAAUGCACCAUGGAGCAAGUUGAAUGAAAACAAGCACUGAAAAAUAUAAAUCCACUUCGAAUCAGAAAAAAAAUAAAGAAGCAAAAGUCUGCUCCACGUCGACCAGUGGAAUUCACUCUUAGUCUUCUUGGUCUAGUCUCUGCGCAAGUCAGUGGCAUUUUUUUUUCUUUCUUUUUGCGUGUUUGCAAGACAGGUCGCCACUAUUAGUGAACUUCAUUCAUACCGUACCAACAUGAAGACCUUCGUGCAACGUAUUUGGUGCUGAUGCGAUCCGUAACUUUUCAGCUAAUGCUGGGUGACAUAUCUUUGGUAACUAUGAUUGUUUGCUUUUUUUUUUUACCUGCGCACGCACUGCGGGAAAGUGUUUCUUUUUGUUUGUUUUAGCUUUGUCCUUUGAGUCACUUUGCAGCAGUAAUCAUUCGAGUAUUUGUUGUGUAAAUUAGUGUAUUUUAGAGCAAAAUUUAUUGUAGGAGCUCCCAUCUUUGAUGGAUUAUGCUCGCCAUUCACUGGCUUGAUUUUGAUGCAGUUUGUUGUAUUUAGAGAAGGAGGUAUAAAUCUACCGAUCCUGUGGAGGUUUUUUUUCUGCAUUUUGGUCUAGAAAAUUGCCAUAAAAAUCAUAAAAUGUAAAAGCUAAGGGAGCAUCAAGUUUAUAACUGAUUAAGUAGGCAACAGAAACUGUACUAUCUACAACAUAGAGAACUUGCAGACUUAUCAUCGGCAAGUUGUAAAUCUAGGAAAUUGAUAAAUUGUGAACUGGCCCGAAAUGUUUGCGAAUAGGACUUUUGCAAAAAUGACAAGCUGUUGCUAGAAUUCUAUGUAAGCUGUAAACUAAUGUAUCAUAUUUGUUUUGAACAAAUCAUCGAGUUUAUCAUCGAGUUUUGAACAUGGUGCUUCAAUUUCUUUGAAGUUAUUUUCAGCAGUACAAGAAAUUUGAGGCCCUAAAUGAGAAUUGUGCUUCCAAAAGUCAAUUUAAUUUAAGUGUUAUUCAAACUGUCUGCAUUUACACGGUGAUAGCAUUACUGUGUUUAAUGUGUAUUCUAAUAGCGAAAUUUUUGAGCCUAGGUUGAAUGGUCACUCUCAAGGGUGCAACCCACUACUGUGGUUCUUCAAAUAAAGCAUCCUCUUUGAUGGUGCCUGCUUUUCAUUUCCGACUAUAGCAUUGUGUCGCGAGAUUUCUGUAAAAGGAAGUGAAGGAACUUGCAUGAUAUUGGUGUCGUUUUUGCAUUGUUUGUUUUUUAGCUGAGGUUGUGUUUGUACAUAGGUUUGCAUGAGCCACAGCCGUUAACUGCACAGGUUCUUUUGAUCUGUGCCUGCGUUGCAUGGUGAAAAUGAGGUUCACAGAGUGCUUGAAAGAACUGCAUAAAUGGAAUAAACAGAAACUCUUUCUAUA